AUGACAUAUAUAUGCAAUACAACAGUAAGAGAAUAUAAAGUGACUUGCUUUGCUGGCUCAAGUCAAGUUACUCUGGCCAAUGGAACGUUUAAAACACUCUCAGAUGCCAACAUCGGAGAUCAAGUGCUUGUUAACAAACACAACCUCUACGAACCAAUUCUUGGUUUUAUUCAUGCAAAACAUGAAGAUCUCGAUUUUCUUGCAAUCGAAGUACAAUCACUUGCAUCGAAUUCAUCAACAACGAUUCUUGUAUCUUCCAAUCAUUUAAUCUUCGAUUUUGAUUCUGAUUAUGCUCGUUUUCCUGGUAAAUAUCGUAUUGGUAAUCGAGUACAAUUAAUCGAGAAUAAUCAAAGUGUUCCUGUUCAAAUACUUCGAAUUCAAUUGACAAAAUAA